CUGAAUCUACUUAGAAUAUUUGGACAGAACCACACGGCACUUCACACCGAUGUGUCAGUCAGGGCAAAUGUAACACACCUUUUUCAAAAAGUCCAGGAAAUGUACGGGACCGUCCACAUAGUUGUCAACAGUGCUGGAAUCGUCCAUAGACCAUCCCUCGUAACAAAUGUAUCUGAAGCCGAUUUCGACAAAGUUUUGAGCGUCAAUCUAUAUGGCACUUACCUCGUCACUCAAGCAGCGGUGGAAAUGAUGCUCAAGAAUGAGAACGCCACAGGCCGGACCAUUUUAAACAUUGCCAGCGUAUCUGGCAAGGGUGGUCGCAGGUACCUGAGUGCGUACUCGGCUUCGAAGGGUGGCGUCAUCUCCUUUACCAAAUCUGUGGCGCUGGAAGUUGCACUCAAGGGAAUUCGCGUCAACACUAUUCUCCCUGGUUUCACGGACACACUGAUGACACAGAGCACCCCUGAUGAUGUUAGACAAGGCAUAAUUGCGGAGAUUCCAAUGAAGCGGAUUGCGAAACCACUAGAAAUGUCUGAAAUGAUUGUUUUUAUGUGCGGCCCGAGGAGCACGUACAUGGUAGGAUCGGCCGUACUGGUGUCCGGAGGGACGUUCCUCUAA